AUGCCAAACGGAUAUCGUCAUUGGGCGUUCACCUGCAACAAUUACUCCGAUGAGGACAAAGCAUCCAUUGAAAAAGCUGCAAGUAGCUCUAGAGUAGAUUACAUCAUUUACGGGCAUGAAGUUGCAUCAACAGGCACCCCCUACUUGCAGGGACACAUGUCCCUAAACAAGCAAACAUCCAUGAAGAAAACCCUGAAGCUGUUAGGUAUCCAAGCUCACAUGACUAGCGUCAGAAACCUCAAACACAGCAUAGAAUAUUGCAAGAAAGAAGAUGUCUGGGUGCAUUACGGCACCCCACCAAGUCUCACAGCAUCAGGUUCUUCCUCGGGGGUAAGGAACGACCUAAAUUGCUUCAAAGAGGCAGUGAAAUCAGGAACCCUCGACAAGAAAAAGCUUCGAGAAGAACAUAGCAAGGUUGCCGCCAAGUACAAUCGUUUUUUCAAGGAUUACAUUGAAGACAAGACAAUGAAGCGUGGGGUGACAGGGGCCAGUCAGGUGAGUUUAAACACAACUCAGUACUUAUCAAGGUUUGCAGACUGGGCUGCAAAAGCAGAAUAA